AAUACGGAUUACACAAAGCUUAACCUUCAUAGUUAAUUAAGACAAAACAAACAUCUCUCUAUCUUUCUCGAGCUAGGGUUUGAUAAUUGCAUUAAAAUCAAUCUAAUUCACACACGUCAAUGGAGAAUUCAAGCAUAAUCCCCUACGAGAAGCUCAACGACAUCGCCAAUUGGCUCGGCACCAGCGUCGCCUCCGCUUUUUUCGCGUCACUGGAGCGUUGUUCUUGCGUCAAUCUCAACACUGCUGAUGACGACGAAGAGGACGAGGAGGCCAAAGAUCGGCCCUUGAUGCUGACCACUCUGCAGUCUCCGAGAAUCUCGUCGGCUACUGCUGUGGAUAAUCUGCCCGUGUAAGAUCUUGAUGUGGGCUGCUUUGUUUUCUUGAUUUUGUGUUGAAUAAGUGUUUGGAUUUUGUUUUGUGAUGUGGGGUUUGAUGGGUUUGUUGAAAAAUGGAUGGUGGUGGUGGGGGUGUAAUUGGGGUUUGUUUGUGUAAUGUGAUGAUUGAUGUGUUUGAAAAUUGUUAUCAAGAAUAGAUUUUUGUUUUAUGUUUA